AUGUCCUCUUUGACCCAAUCCGAAAAGAAAAUGUAUGCUACCGCUUUGGGAGCAGUAGCUGCCGCAGCAAGUGCCGGUCUUGCCCUCUACGCCUUUGGUCCAAAGAAGGCCUCUCCUGCUGAUGGUGAAGCUGAAAAGAUUGACGGGGAUGCAGAGACCGUCGAAACUGAACUCUCUAUUUCCCCUCCUGAACUGAGCGAAGAGGAAAAGAAGGCCAAAGAAGAAGCCAAUGCCGCUGCCCUCAAGCGGCUGAAAGAAAAGUGCGCAGUCAAGAAGAGCUCGCAAUAA